AAAAAAAAGAAAACGAAGAAGAAAAUUAUCCCUCUUCAUUUUACCUUUGAGGGCACAUGUGUUCCUUUCUACUCAUCGUAUAAUCGCACAAAAAAAAAAAAUAGUCUCAUCUCAAUUCCGAAUCCAAAACCGACAAAAAACCAGAUCGACUAGGAAUCCGAAUCCUUCUCCUCCUCCGCCGCAAUCCAAAAAGUUACCGCCGCGAAGAUUCUCGUUUCAGAGAAGUACCGAACUAGGAUUCUGGAGGAUCGGAGCUUUUCUCCGAUUGUAAUCUGCCAUCACUGAAGCAAUCAUCUGUGGUUUUCCUCAUAAUCAAAAAUUCGCCGGCGAAUUAGUCGGGGGUGCUUUCCAGUAGCGGUUAUUGCGGUAGUUUGUUAGUUGAAGAAGAAUGACAACAACUGGGUCUAAUUCUAAUCACAACCACCACGACGAUGGUUCCGCGAAGAACAACAACAACAACCCUAGUACGAGGUCUUGGGGCACGGCGGUUUCAGGCCAAUCGGUGUCCACUAGCGGCAGUAUGGGCUCACCCUCGAGCCGGAGCGAGCAGACCACCACCGUGGCUACAUCUGCUAGCGACAGCGCCUUUAUCCGCCUGAACAAUUUGGACAUUCAAGGUGACGAUGCUGCUUCUCAAGGAGCUUCUGGUGGCAAGAAGAAGAAGAGGGGACAGCGUGCGGCUGGUCCUGAUAAAACUGGAAGAGGGCUACGUCAAUUUAGCAUGAAAGUUUGUGAAAAAGUGGAAAGCAAAGGAAGGACAACGUACAACGAGGUUGCGGACGAGCUUGUUGCUGAAUUUGCACUCCCAAAUAACGAUGGAACAUCCCCGGAUCAGCAACAGUAUGAUGAGAAGAACAUAAGAAGAAGAGUAUACGAUGCGUUAAACGUACUCAUGGCUAUGGAUAUAAUAUCCAAGGAUAAAAAAGAGAUUCAAUGGAGAGGUCUUCCUCGGACAAGCUUAAGCGACGUUGAAGAAUUAAAGGUUUUCAACCCACCCAACAUUCUGUGUUCCAAAGCUCGUUUAGAAAGUUUUCCUGAAUUUAAGGUUUAUAUUUUUUUGCAGGCUGAACGACUCUCACUUAGGAGCAGGAUUGAAAAGAAAACUGCAUAUUCCCAAGAACUGGAAGAACAAUAUGUAGGCCUUCAGAAUCUGAUACAGAGAAACGAGCAUUUAUAUAGCUCUGGAAAUGCUCCUAGUGGCGGUGUUGCUCUUCCAUUUAUCCUCGUCCAGACUCGUCCUCAUGCGACCGUAGAAGUGGAAAUAUCAGAAGAUAUGCAGCUCGUGCAUUUCGAUUUCAACAGCACUCCAUUCGAGCUCCACGACGACAAUUUUGUCCUCAAGACGAUGAAAUUUUGCGAUCAGCCACCGUUGAACAACGGCCACAGCAACAGCCAGGAAAACAAUAACGAGGGCGCUAGCACCGAUCUAGCGCCGGCUCAGCCAGCGGAUAUGUACCAGUCUCAUCCUCAACCACCACAACCUCAGCCACAAAUCAUUCCUACGCCUGCGACUAACAACGACGUUUCUUCCGCCAAUACUGCUCCGGUGACAUCACCGCCUGUCUCGGGGAUCAUAAAGUCAAGCGUGAAGCCGGAGAACUGAAACACAGCGGAGCUCAAAACAAAAGUCAUUGUACAAUUUUCUGUAAAACUGUAAAGUAGUCUAAAAAAACUCUGUUUUUUUCUCUGACGAAGAGCCGGUCUAGCGGUCAAUUUGUACUGAUGGUUUACCGGUUUUGGUAAUAACCGAAUCUAGGAUUCCUUAAAAAUCUUUGCCAUAGUUAAAAUGACUUUGUUUAGUUUUCUUCUGUACUUUUGUAUUGUGAGUACACUGAAUAGAAAGGAUUCGUUAACUUUCUCAACCAUUUGUAAACUGUGAAAUUG